AUGGGGUAUGCCAACUGGAUUAACUUGCAUUUAACAAACGGUCUUGAAGGGCCACUCGCAGUUCAGAAUUCUCAGCUGUUGCACGGGAAAUUCUACACCAACGACAACAAGGACGAAGAAAUCACGCCCGACCAAGUCGACGAGAUCGUGAUCCCCGAGUCCGGCUCGGGCGAUAUAUACAGCUGCGGCAGACAAGGUGCGCCAGCCGGCACGCAGGGUUCCGUCGACCUGAUCGAUAAAGACACCCUGCAGAAAAUCUGCACCAUCAAUUGGUCCAGCCCCUUUGGCGGCGGUAGCAAUUAUAUCAGUGCCUCGGACGUCGAUAGGCACUAUAUGGUCGGGGUCCCUGCCGUCAGCGCGAAUCGGCCUGUUGGCUUUGUUGAUAUCAGCGUCGCGGAGUUGUAGAGGUAGGUGAUUGUGGGUCUGAUUGGGUUGGAUGUAGUUAUUCCGAAAGGAAGAAAGGGGUGCUUGACCUUCGCUCUUUGAAAAAGAAAGAAAUGAAUGUAUUAAUAUUCGGGGAAAGGAAUGUGGUCGAAGAAAGUAUUCAUAGCACUCUUCUUGGGCGCAUCGUCGCGGGAAGUUUUGGACGGUUAUCAGUGAAUAAUCCCUGUACGUAUGUAAAUCAGCCAAGCGAGAGCUAAAAGUAAAUUAAUUUCGUCA